UGCUUAUAAUUUGGAUGGAAACAUGAUGUUUAUGUAUUAAUAUAUUUGUAAAUAAUUUCCUCUCCAGACAAUGAAUGAGAAGAACCAGACGUUGGUCAGUGAGUUUGUUCUCUUGGGAUUUCAGAAUCUCCACAACUUCAAGAUUCCCCUGUUCUCUCUGUUCCUUCUGAUUUACAUUAUUACAGUUUGGGAGAAUGUCCUCAUCAUAGUGUUGGUGUCCUCCAGCCUGAACCUCCAGUCCCCCAUGUACUUCUUUCUCCAACAGUUGUCCCUGUCUGAUCUACUGGAAUCCACAAAUAUUGUCCCCCUCCUGCUCCAAAUUGUAAUUUAUGACAGAGCCACAUUGUCCCUUGUUGGCUGUAUCACUCAAUUAUAUUUGUUUGGGUCUUUGGAAAUGUCUGACCUUCUUCUUCUAGCAGUAAUGUCCUAUGACCGAUAUGUGGCCAUCUGUAUCCCACUGCGUUACUCUUCUAUAAUGUCCCACAGGGUCUGUGUUAUAUUAACUCUAAUUUCAUGGAUUCUUGGCUUUGGUGUGACAAUGAUUACAAUGUAUCUAGUAGGGACACUACAGUUUUGUGACCAAAAUACCAUUAACCAUUUCUUUUGUGAUUUAUCUCCUCUACUAGACCUUUCCUGCUCAGAUACUUUCUCACUGCAAAUUGAAGUAUUUUUUCUAUCAGUUCCUUUGUUAUUUAUACCAUUUAUACUCAUCACUGUAUCAUAUAUGUGUAUUGCUCAUGCAAUCCUAAAGAUAGUGUCCAAUACCGGGAGACAAAAAGCCUUCUCCACCUGCAGCUCCCACUUGGCUGUGGUCUCCAUAUUUUAUGGGUCUAUACUUGCUAUUUACUUGUUUCCAUCUAGAAAACAUUCUCCAGCCAUGAGCAAAGUUCUCUCUCUGUUGUAUACAAUAGUAAUUCCUAUGGUUAAUCCCCUUAUUUAUAGCUUAAGAAAUAAAGAUAUCAAACCCUUAAUAUUAAACUAUGCAAAUAUACUAAAAUAUAAAAAUUGA